CUCUUUGGCUGCUGCGCCGCCAUUUUGUCAAUCGCCAGGAGAGUAAACGGCCGGAGAGAGGGAAGGAGAAAAGGGAAAAGGGAAAGAGGAGAAGGAAAACAGAACAGAGAGAUAAGGAAGGAAGGCAGUUAUAGAAAGAGAGAAGUGAAAAGGGAAGGAGGGCAAAUCAAGAACGGAAAGAGAGAGUGGAAAAAGGAAGGAAAAGUGGGGGAGGGUAAAGGGGAUUGGAAGAGAAAGGGGUGAAGAUUGAAAAGGGGAGAGGGUUAGAGAGAGUAAGGAGGGUGAUAGGUGGUGAGGACAAGGGGGAAGCGAAAGAGGGGUAGUGAAAAGAAUAGGGAGGAAAAGAGCGAGAAGAGAGGGGGAAAAGCUGAGGCACAGAGAGGGAGAGGGUUGGGAGGGGUGGAGCCCCACGUAAAGGAGGGAAAAGGAAAGAAGCGUCCGGAGAGAUAGUGGAAGGGGUGGUGCAAGAUCAGGAAGAGUUAGGGCAGAGACAGUAGGAGAGAAAAGAGGGGCCAGCAGGGAAAUAGAGAGAACAAGGAGAGGGAGAAAAGAAAGGCUAGCUGGGAGAGGGAGGAAGGAGGGGCUACCAGGGAGAGAGCAGAGGGACCAGCAGAGAGAAAGAGAAGGGGCUAAUAGGGAGGUUAGCAAGUCUCACGGGGCUGGGAGUCUGAGUGAUACUGGUCAGAGGGAGGAGUCAUCUAGAAGUAAAAUCUCAAGGGUAGGGUGGUGAGACACGGCGACGGUUUGAGUUUCUCGUCACAGGUGUCAGUGGGGGUGCUGCCUCCAGAGGCUGCGGACGGGAGCCCACAGCCCGGAGAUAUGGCGGCUCUCCCGCAGCAACAGCAGCAGCAGCAGCAAUCUGGUCAGAGCCAAGCGUGGAUUGGGACCCAGGCAGCACAGGCUGCCCAGUGGGCUCAGCAGUACAGCACCGGUGGUGCUGCCGAGGGUUCAGUCAAGCAGGAGAAUCCGGAGUGGGAGAAGGCCAGGCAGGCCCUGGCCAACAUUCACAAAGCCAGCACUUCCUCGAUCUCCGGGGCGCAGGCCACCAGCCAGAGCUCUCAGUAUCUCCAGCAGAGCGACAGCGCCGCAGUGCAGCAAUAUUAUCAGCAAUGGUACCAACAGUACAACUACAAUUACUCCUACCCUUACUACAGCCCCUACCAAAUGAAUGUUUACCAGGGGUACCAGGGUCAGUAUAGUGUGCCAGGCUACCAGGUGGCCCAGGGGCAGCAGAGCUCCCAGCACGGCGGCAGUCAUGCCCAGCCUCCUGUGCCUGGCCUGGAGGACAGUGGCUCCUACACCAGCGCCCCAGCUCAGGAAUCGUCGGGCCCCCAGAGCCAGCAGGGACCCAAGCACAGCAGCUCCACGCAGGCCCAGGCCCAGGUCCCAGCCUCACAGCAGCAGAGUCAGGCCCAGGCGGGAGGCCAGGGCACCUGCUACACUGACAGUGGCAGCAAGGCCAAGAAAGGACAGCCGCUGUGGCACCGCAUGAAGCAGGCCCCUGGCUCCGGGGCGGUGAAGUUCAACCUGUCGCCUCGUCCGUACGUGGUGAGUGGGCAGAGCCUGUCCGGUGCUGAGCAGAAGAGCCACAAGUUCCCCGAGAGGUACCAGAGUCCCAGUGCCUCCCCCACAAAGCCAGAUGACUGGCCCCAGGCCAUGAAGGAGUACGUGCAGCGCUGCUUCACGGCCUGUGAGACCGAGGCUGACAAAGACCGCACUGAGAAGCUGCUCAAGGAUGUGCUGCAGGCCCGGCUCCAGGACGGCUCCGCCUACACCAUCGACUGGAGCAGCGAGCCCCUCCCUGACCUCUCCAAGGAGGAGACCAAGAGCCCAUCGAAGAAGAACAGGUGGGAGCUGGGAGGGUCCGCACCCCAUCGGGGAGGCCUGUCCUCCAGUCCGUCCCAACGAGGUAACGCCGGGGCCCCAUCCCCCGUCCCUGGGAGUCAGCGCAGCGGAGGAGGUGGGGGAGGACAGAGGUCACGGGGCAGCAGCCACCCCACCCGCUUCGGCUAUCGCAACGUCUUCACACGGGACUCCAGCUCCUCAUCCAGCGCCGGCUCCCGCUCUGGCUCCUCCAGCCGCUCUCGAUCUGUAUCCCGGUCUCCGCAUCGGAGGCAUCAUAGGAGCGGCAGUGGUUCCAGCUCAGACUCGGGGAGCAGCUCGUACUCAAGCAGUGAGAACCGGAUCGGGGGCCGCAGGCCCCUUUCCAAGGGCCGGGGACGGGGGCGGACGGACCGGGCGCGGGGACGUGGCCGGAUGCAGCGGAACCGCAGGGACUUCGAGGUGACGCCAGCAGGAGGUAGAAAGGGGCGGCGGAUGAAGCGGCAAGGUCAGUUGCCCCUGGAGGACCCGGAUAAGGAAUUCAAGAAGCAGAAGCGGGCAGCACGCUUCCAGCAGGGGCAGCCAGCCAGGCGACUGAGGACUGCGCCCCUGGUGCUGCAGGUUAACAACACCAUCGAUGGCAGCGCCGAGCCCCUGGACUGGGAGCACAUCAAGAUUGUGGGCACCAGCCAGGAGAUCUCCAAGCACUAUCUCCGGCUCACCUGCGCCCCGGACCCCUCCACUGUCCGGCCUGUCUCCGUCCUAAAGAAGUCGCUGGCCAUGGUGAAGAACCACUGGACAGCAAACCAGGACUAUGCCUUCGCCUGCGAGCAGCUGAAAUCCCUGAGGCAGGACUUGACGGUACAGGGCGUGCGGACAGAGUUCACUGUGGAGGUGUACGAGACGCAUGCACGGAUAGCUCUGGAGAAGGGUGACCACGAGGAGUUCAACCAGUGUCAGGCACAGCUCAAGUCUCUGUAUGCCGAGAGCUUGCCGGGGAAUGUAGGCGAGUUCACCGCCUACCGAAUACUCUACUACAUCUUCACCCAGAACUCAGGAGAUAUAACUACAGAACUAGCCUUCCUGAGCCGGGAGCUGAAAGAGGAUGCGUGCGUGGCCCAUGCCCUGGGACUCCGGGCUGCCUGGGCCCUCUCCAACUACCACCGCUUCUUCCGCUUGUACCGGGAGUCCCCCCGCAUGUCCGGCUACCUGAUCGAGAAGUUUGUGGAACGCGAGAGGAAGCAGGCCCUCAAGGCUAUGCUCAAAACGUACGUCCCCCUCCAGGUCACAGGGGUGGGGCCUCGGACCCCAUCCCCCAGACCCUUCCCUGUACCACCCAGUCAAGGCCCAGGGAGGAUGGGAAUCCCAACCCCCACCCACAACCCUUCUUCCCCCCCCCCCCCCCCCCCCAUGAGCAUAGUAUCACCCAGAUUGAGGGGAUUUUGGGAUCCUUUAAGCCUUGUGUACAUUUUGAAAUGGGUGUUCCCCUCUCAGAGUGAGAGACAUGGGUAGAGGAAGGGAGAACAGGACAAGUAGGCCCUUGUGUCUAUCUGUAGUGCAGGAGAUCCCAACCUUUGGUUCACGGGCCCUUCGGUUAACAGUGUAGAUCCAUGGCAUAAAAAGGGUUGAGAACCCCUGCUGUAGUGGGAGAAAGUGUGAUCUGACCCUUCCCUAGACCAGGGGUCACAGGGAUAGACCUUGCUGUCUGUUGUGGGAGAGUGUGGAGAAGGACCCUCUUCCACAGAGUGAGGGGCACAGGGAGACCCUGGUGUCUAAUCUGGGACACCCUACAGUAAGGGAGUGUUCGGAAGAACUCCUCGCCAGAGUUCGGCAUGCAAGAUUAGGAGGGGAUGGUGGAAUAGGAAGCCAUUGGUAUCUGGUAUGGGUGAACUCCUCCGAAACUGAGAAUAUAUUGGAUUGGACUGUUCCCAGUGUCUGGAACAGUGGGAAGAGACCCUGGUGUCUUGUCUGGAACCCCCUGUCAUGACCGAGUUUUGGGUUGGUCUCUUUUCUCAGAUUUAGGGACAAGGGAGGGAAUCUAGUGCCUGACGUGAGGGGAACGGGAGCUUUGUGGCCCCUGUAAUGAGGGUGUGUGGAGAUGGAUUCCUCUUCACAGUGUGGGAUGUGAACAGGGUCUCUGAUUUCUAUUCUGGUCACCAGAUUGGGGAGGGAACGGUGAUCCUGAGUGUGGAAGUAUGGAGCAUUAUAUACACAGCCACCCUCCUUUCUCUGAAUAUGGAUAGAGAAAUGUCCCAGGCGUGGAGGGUCGUCCCAGAGGGUCUCCAGCUAGCACAGGGGAGAAGGGUAAAUAGCCACUCCUGUCAGUUCUUCAGCCACCAUAUGAAGUAUCAUUGGAGUUGCAGGAUAAGGUAGGGACACAUUGCCCGUGGUGCCAAGUGGGCAUGUUGGUGGGGGUUGAGGCAAGGCAGGGAGCUAGGGUCUCAUAGGUUGUCUCUCAUGCAUAGGUAAGUAUUGCCAGCAAGGGGGCCCACCUGCCCCAUGCAGGGCUAGGUUGAAGCUGCCCAUCUCUUCCCCCGCCACUUAGCCACAGGGCUGGUUAAUAGGGCCCUGCCCCACCCCCUUAACAGGGAGAGUCCUCUAUUCCCCUAUUGUCGUGGCGAGUUAGGCUCGGGGCGCCGAUUCCUGUAAAGUGAAGCAUACCUUACUGCAUUGUCAAUGUUGCUGACUAAUGUUUUGUUUUGCCCGCCUCUCUCUCUCUUCCUUCCUUUCUUUCUUCCUUCCUUCCUUUCUUUCUCUCCUAAAAUCUUUCUCUUUCUUUCCCUCAAUCACCAUCACCCUCCCCCUCACUUUCCCCAACCUCUCUCUCUGUUUCUUCCCCCUCUCUCUCUGUUUCUUCCCCCUCUCUCUGUUUCUUCCCCCUCUCUCUCUGCUUCUUCCCCCCCUCUCUCUCUCUGCUUCCCCCCUCUCUCUCUCUCUGCUUCCCCCCCUCUCUGCCUCUUCCCCCUCGCUCGCUCUGCCUCUUUCUCUCUCUCUCUCUCUGCCUCUUCCCUCUCCCUCUCUCACUCUCUCUCUCUUGCUCUCUCUCUCUCUCUCUCUCUCUCUCUCUCUCUCUCUCCUCUGCCUGUCUCUCUCUCUCUCUCUCUCUCUCUCUCUCUCUCUCUCCUCUGCCUGUCUCCCAUCCCUUCCAGUUAUCGGCCAGUGUUGCCUGUCUCCUAUGUGCAGUCCGAGCUGGCCUUCGAUAGCGAGAGUGAUUGCCGACAGUUCCUGGGCUCUGUCGCCCUCACCUACCUGGGAGCCGACACCACCAAGAUCGAUUGCAAGCAGAGUGC